AUGGAAGCUAACAACACUGAAGUGGUUGGUAGGGCUUCUGUUGCGAGGGAACUUGGGUCCCCCGCUGCCCUCUCCCUCGACUUGACUCCCCGAGAAACACGUCGCAGUUCAUCUCGUGCCUCACGUAGGACAACGCGUGAACCAGAAGCUCACCCUUCAAACCUCUCCCACUCCUCUUACUCUUUGCCCCCAACACCUGUCACAACGUCUUUCGAAGAACAGCUCCCCUCUGCCAAACGUCGCAAGACGCAGCGUUCUGCUACUGUAGACGAAAAGACAGAUUCAACUCAAGAUUCUGCCCAGACCCCAAACCAGAAAGGCUCUGGUGGUCCCUCGCAGAUAUCCAACAGCGUCUCUAGGAAAAGAGAACGCGGCAGGAAAUCGGCCUUAGCCAACGGUGAGACCGCGCAACCUGCAACUCCUGCUCCCAAUCCCAAGCAACAGUCCCAGUCGACGUUGCAUAACUUUCUGUCAAGAAAACCCCAAGACCGACGCAAGUCUUUGGCUACUCAAAACCCGUCACCAAACCCCACUAUGUCUACUUCUAACGUUUCAAACUCACCUGUUAUGAACCGUUCCGCUUCCAACGGCCGCAAGACGCGCAAGUCUAUGCCAGCCAAGCUGAACGGCGUUGAGAACAGCGAGAAGACUUCUUCAGUGGACUCUACCACUUCUGUUACUUCUACACCCCAGCAGAACGCUCAGGGCGGCAAAGCCAACAAAACUCCCGCUAGUUCUGCUGCGUCUGCCAACACUGCUAAAGCUGCCCAAACCCAGGAGGCUAGCACCAAGCUUGCAACACCUGCUACGCAGCCUCGCUCGACUCCUCGUACCACGACUGCCAGAUCUCGUCGUGCGGAACGCAAGUCUAGAGCAAUGGCUGUCACUGAGGAUUCCAAAUCAGCGCAGUCGACUCCCGUCUCUGCGGUGAAUGCAAACAGUCACAAGCCUGUCAAUUCACAGGUUGCUGCUCGAACAAGUUCUCGACCCCAGCGUUCUACUCGAAAGACUGCAGCCACCUCAGCCAGCCAGGCCGUGGAUGACGGGUCUCUUGAAACACCGUCAGCCCCAAAGACACCUUUCAGCCGCGAGGUUGCUGACAGCAUCGAAAGCACUCCUGCCUUUGACAGCAAAGCUGGAUACGAGACCAUGUCUGGAUAUGACUUGGAUACUCCUGGAUAUGAACGCAGUACUCCGUACGGCGAAAGCUUUCCCUUUGAAUACCCUGCUGAUAUGUAUGGAAACAAAUUUGGUCUCGAUGGCUCCAAUGAUGGCCCAGGCUCCCCAACUGCCAGCUUCUCAACCACUACUUCAGCUGCGCGCACAUCUGGAAGAACCAGAAAGCCUACCAUCAAAGCUAUGGAAUCGUUGGAAUCUGAGCGGCGCUUCCGCAGAAACCGUGCACCGUCAUCAAUGCCAGAGUCUGCUCUCAAAGAAGUAAAGGGCAAGGCAGCAGUGAAAAAGACGCGUGCAAACAAAAAGGCCAGUGCGAAAACAACUGGUACCGCACAGGCAUUUAAGGCAGCCGUCGAUGGAAAAUGGGCAGCUGUUGCAAACCGACUUCUUGACCUGGCCGCGGCAGCUGUUGCUCCAGAAUUUGAGCCGUCAUCGGAAGCCGAGGGCUGGCUCGAAGAGCUGCGCAAGGAGUACGUGAAGAAGUCUGAGGAGAAGAAGACCGAAACUCCAACGGUGCAGUCCGAGGCGGAGCCCGUGACCGAGGCCGCAUCCGAAGCGCAGCCCCAGGCAGAGAUCGGCGUUGAGGGAUCCAGUAAGCCUUUCUCUACGUCCGAGACGCACCGGUGGACUGACGAGGACGGUUUCGUUUUCACAGGCAAGAAGAAUAAAUAUGGUGAAGAGCUUGUGCUCGUUGGCGAAGGCUACUCUUGGUUCCGCCCUAACAACACCUACGGAGACAAGUUGCUUCCCCAACCUCCGAUUCGCCUGAAGUCUCACGAACAAUUUGAGAAGGAUCGCAUCUUUGGGUAUCCCCCACGCAUGGGAGAGCGUAACCUGCCCCAGGACAACAAGAUGCCUUUCUUCUUCGAAAACGUGGACGAGGUCAAGGCAACCAUCAAGGCUCGGGAGGAGGCCCGCAAGAGAGGUAUCGCUGUUGACCGAAUGAUGCCGGCUGCCUAUAUCCAAACCUUGAUCGCUCAGCACGAUGAAAAUGCCCCGAAAGACGGUUCAGGUGAAGCAAAAGAGACCAAGGAGACCAAGGAGCCGACUCGCAAACGGCGCCGCGGCGGCGAGGCCUCAGAAACCACUCAACCGACCAAGCGACGCCGGAGGGAGCCGGAACCAACUCCACCUUCUGAGCCGCCCAAGACGCUGCGCAUCAAGCUGACCUUGAAGGGAGGAGCGGCGGGGGCUACCAGAAAACGAUCCCAUUCUGAGAUGGAAGAUCAGCCCGCUGAGACGAAGCCCACCGAGACGAAGAGUCAGCAGGAGCGAUCUAGCCCUUCCAAAAUCCUGAAGCUCGGCCUGCGUCGUAAUUAUACUCAAGAGAUGAUGAAACGCACGACGCCAGAAGAUCUUGCAAAGGGGCCCCCCGAACCACCCAAAGACAAGCUCGAGGCUCUCAAUUUGGCUCCCCUUCCCGGACCGCCGCCCCGAAACUACAACACAGCUCCUGGGGGACGUCCCCGUCGCCGUGCUGCGGCCGCCUUGAUCGCCGAAUUUCAGAAUCACGCUGAGCAGAGAGCUCGUCGCGCCAACGCACGCAAACGGAACGUUCCAUCGGACAAAUCUGAUGAUCCCAAUAGCCAGCCCAACGGUCAACCUAACGGCCAUUCCAACGGCCAACCCAACUGA